CAGGUUUGCUGGUUCAAUCAUUGGCAAAGGUGGAAAGAAUAUAUCUAGGCUCCGUUCAGAUUACAAAGCCUCUGUUACUGUCCCAGAUUGCCCUGGCCCUGAACGCAUUCUGACGGUGUGCUCUCCUGAGGUGGAGACCAUUAUAAAAGUAAUAAAUGAAGUUGUGCCCAACCUUGAGGAUACCAGUGGACGCAGCAAGACAGGUGAUGAUGUGGAACAUCAGAAUGCUAGUACAUCAGAGCCAAGCUGGUUGCAUCAUUGGCAAAGGAGGUCUCAAGGUCAAAGAGCUCAGGGAGAAAACAGGAGCUCGUAUCAAGAUAUACACAAAUUGCUGUCCCGACAGUACUGACCGUGUGGUCCAAAUAACUGGCCGUGGCAAUAACCUGCACAGACUGUAUUCAGGAGAUGGUGGAACUUCUCAAGACU